UUCAGAAUACCACCAACAUGCCUCAGCAACAGCGGCAGUCGGCUCUGGGCAACAUACCCAGGGUAGUUGUCCGGCCAACAUGGGACAACAUGGUUGCAGUGUCGUAUCUGCCAAAGGGCUUCUUCUUCUUCAUCGCACACCCGUAUCUCUACCCUAUGCUCAAGACUCGCCUUCUGCCCGCCUUCUUGCUCAGCGCAUUCGUCUUACUGAAUCUUUUCUUCUGGACAUAUCUACCACAAGUCGCUUUCCUUUCGAUAUUCCACAAGGGUGGCAGUGCUUGGGUGAACGGCACGUUCCUCGUGUUGGGUGAGGGAGCAGCUGCCGUGGCUAUUUUGUUUGAAGCUUUCUUGGUGGACGAGACUCAAGUGGACAUAUUCGAUGCUGUCAUGAUCCACAAAGGCUACGAAGACCUCGUCCGCCAGCAUCGCCCUGUUUCAGAGGAGAACCUGAACGACCCCGUACGCCGUCUUGGGCGGCCAACGAAGACCUCAGUCUACGCCCCAUUCUCCUUCCGUCAGAUCGCCGAGUUCAUCAUACUGCUCCCGCUCAAUUUCGUACCAUACGUCGGAGUGCCGUUGUUUCUCCUUCUCACCGGAUACCGCGCAGGACCUUUCCAGCAUUGGCGGUAUUUCCAGCUCCUAGGCUUCGACCGCAAGCAGAGGGACAACUUUGUAGGUAAGCGUAGAUGGCAGUAUACAUGGUACGGUACAAUAUACCUGUUCUUGCAGCUUGUGCCACCGUUCAGCAUGCUGUUCCUUCUGACAGCCGCUGUCAGCUCUGCACUAUGGGCGGCCGACAUGGAGACGGCUCGGCGAGAUCAGGAGGAAAGGAUAAUUGCUCCUCAGUACACGGACGAGCUGGACGCUGCGGUAUGAGGCACGCCUUUAUAAGUUUUAAGACGCAGAACCAUACGUUCUAAGUAAUUGCCAUAUGAGACCUAUACUCGCAUACCGCUACAUGUGAGCUUCCCACUGAAGACCCAGCGUAUGCAUCUGGAUAGAGCUCCUAAGCAACGGAGCGUCAUGCGACAACCGAGCUUACGCCAGGGCUGCCCGGCUAAAUUGGCCUCGCCGAGCCAAUGUGCCCCUGGUAGUGACGCAAAUCAACUUCUUGCUUGAUCUGAUUCUGUGUGUUCUGAAGCUAUUGGCUGUUUGGAGAGUACAGUGCAGAGCAGAGGCGCAACAUAAUCUGACAUCUUGAACAGCUUGAAAGUAAGAUUUUGAGACCAGG